CAUGUGCCAGGCUCCUCCUUUCCAAAUUUGGGAAACAUGGCGACUCUCAUGGGCUUGUCGUCUGCGCUCCUCCGCCUCCGUCUCGGGGCUGUGCCGCGCGUGCCCGCCUGCCGCUGCGUCUCCGGCCCUGGGAGUUUCCAGCCGCCCCCCAAGCCUGUCAUUGAGGACAAGAGGCAGGAGCCGGAACAGGAGCGCAGGUUCUUGAGCCCCGAGUUCAUCCCUCCGCGGGGGCGGACAAACCCUCUCAAGUUCCAGCUGGAGCGCCAGGACAUGCUGCAGCGGCGCAAGGUUCUGCACAUCCCCGAGUUCUACGUGGGGAGCAUUCUGGCCGUCACCUCCUCAGACCCUUACGCUAAGGGGAAAAGCAGCCGCUUUCUGGGCAUUUGCACCCAGAGGUCGGGCAAGGGCCUCGGGGCCACCUUUGUGCUCCGCAACACCCUCGAAGGCCAAGGGGUGGAGAUCUGUUUCGACCUGUAUAGCCCAUGCAUUCAGGAAAUCCAGGUGAUCAAACUAGAGAAGCGGCUGGACGACAACCUCAUGUACCUCCGGGACGCCCUGCCUGAAUACAGCACCUUCGACCUGGACAUGAAGCCUGUGGCCCGGCCCCCCGGCCACGAGGUGCCCGUGAAUGAGCUCAAGGUCAAGAUGAAGCCCAGGCCGUGGUCCAAGCGAUGGGAGCAUCCCAAGUUCAACAUCAAGGGCAUCUGCUUCAACCUGUGCCUGACCGAGGACCAGGUGAAGGAGGCACAGAAGUGGAGCCAGCCGUGGCUGGAGUUUGACAUGAUGAGGGAGUACGACACCUCCAAGAUUGAGGAGAAGAUAUGGGAGGAGAUCGAGGCAUCUCAGAGGUCCUGAGGGUGUUCCCAUCCCCCAUGGGUCAGUGCCAGGAAGGGGCCAAUGUCAGAGGCCAGGUCUGUGCAGCGGGUCUUACCUCCCAUCCCAGCCCACUCCCCAGCCUUCUCUGAUGGAGGGUGACCCUCUGGUCCUCUCAGUGGAGGAUGUGAGGAAGGCCUUUUACUGGCCAGGAUGUCCAUCCUGACUGACCAGAGCGACCCUCCCACCUGAAAGUGACGACCUGGCCUCACUAUGCACAUGACGCCCCCUCCUCCCUGAUGAACCUGUGGCUCGCACACCAGCAAGUACAAUAAACGUUUAUUAAGCA